UGCCCUCAGUGAACGUGGUGCCGUGCGACAGCUGCGCGCUGGCGUUGGCCUGCUUCGGUGCGCUGACGGCUUCUUUCUCCGACUGCGCGUGCAACUGCAGCGCCGGCGGCUUGGGGGCGGCGUGCCUGCCGUUCGAUGUGCCGCUCGCGAAGGGCGGCGGCGGCGGUGGUGGUGGUGGCAGUAGCGCGCAGGGCUGUGUGCGUGGCGUGACGCUGACGGAGUCCAUGGCGGUUGGGGGUGGCCAGGCGACGGCGUGCUUCGACUCAGUGGUGUUCAGCGGGCCGAUCACCGUGACGGUGGAGCUGGGCCCGAUGGACCCAUUCGCUGGCCUGCUGAACGUGACGCUGCGCCACUGCGUACUUGCCGGCGGCGCGCAGCUGCGGAUUGUAGGCUUAGACGAGGAUAUGGUGCACCUGAUGCCCCGCGCCGUCGUCAACAUGACGAACGUGACGUUGACGGAGGGCACGAUAGUGCUGCAGGGUACGCUGCCGCCAAAGUCGCGGGUUCUGCUGGCGGACUCGUCGCUGCACGCGACGGUUGGCGGGUCGCAGUAUGUGCCGACGACCGCCGGGUACGAGGAGUCCAGAUACGGCCCCGUCCUUGUGCUCGACGGCGUCCGGCUGCUGUCGUCGCAGCUCGUUCUGACUCGGACAACGCUGGCGUGCGAGGGGAGCUCGUGCGCUGCGAUCCUCGUGGAGCACGGCCUCAUGCUGGACAAGGCAAGUUCCUUCUACAUGGACAACUGCGCUGCCGCCUCGGAGCUGUAUGUGAUGUACUCCCUUGAGUCGGACCUGAGCAUCAGCGGCGGCUCCGUGUUCUCGGUGCAGAACAGCUCGUGGGAGGCGCCUAGCAGCAGCUACCAGGAGGCCGCGUGUGUGUUUAAGGACGUUGUGGUGGGCGGUGGCAGCGUGCUACAGUUUGUGUCUAGCAGGUUUCGCCUUGGCUUUGCGAUGCUCAUCGCAAACAGGCAGACCGUGAGUGGCGACAGCUGGCUGGUGCACCGCGACAACGACUUCCGCGUCGCCUACGUUAAUUACGUGUCUCAAGACUCCGGCCUGUCGGUCAGAGACCGGAGUGUGUGGUCGAUACUCCGCAACAGCUUUGGGUACGGCUCGUACUUGCAAUCUGCAUACAUGACAAACUCGGCGGCGAUGCGAUGGAAUGAUAAUCAGACCAUCUACGGCAUGUGCAACGAGAAACGGGGCUCCGUUGUGAAGAGCUACAGAGAUGACCUCGGUGUCCACUUUGUGACGGCGUUGGACUGCGGCGUGUGUGCCAAGGACGCCGUGUGCUUCACCGCGAGGACGAGCGGCUUCAGCGACUGUCGCUGCGAGUGCACAGCUGGCGGUUACGGGGACACGUGUCUGCCGGCGGCGGUCCCGGGCGGCCUUGGGCCUCUUCCGCUCCCCGAUGCGAAGAACAAGGAGGUUCACUGCGUGCACGGCGGCAGGAUGGGGGCCGUGGGCGACCCCACUCCCGGGGUGCGUGGACUGUGCUUCGUCAAUGUGACCUUUACCGCCGCAAUCGUGCUCGACCUGUCGAGCUUCAAUGCGCCACAGCAGACCCUCAACAUUACGCUGCUGCAGUGUGUCUUUAUUGGCCUGUCGAUCAAGGGGGGUGGCGAGCGCGUGCACGUGAACGUGACGUCCUCGCUGUUCGCUUCGGGGCAUCUGGAGUUCGAGGGCUUUUUUGGUGCGAGCUCCCAGAUAUUACUGGCGGGCAGUGCGAUCUUGGCGACGCCGUACCACGCCGUUUACUUCCCGACGCUUUCUCUUGGGGUGAACUCAACUCUGCUGCUGCUCGGCAACCGGAUUAAGGCGAGUAAUUACGCCGUCUACUUUCCCCGAGAGCUUGUCAUUGACGGGGGCGGGGUCGUGAUGAAGGGAAACACGCUGAGGGUAACGGACAAGAGCGCGAAGGAAAGUUCCGCCGUGUAUGUGCAUGCUCUUGGUGUGAAGAACGGUGGCUACUUUGACGUCGAGAACAACACGAUGAGCGCAGUUCAAGGCCUCUAUAUUCGUUUGGAGCUUGCCGUGAGCUCCACGGGGCUGCUGAGAGUGGCGGACUGCACCUUCGUCGGCAGCGCCUAUGCGUCUUAUACUUCGCUGUUGUAUGUCUCGUCUACAAGAUUUAACCUCGAGAGUGGUGGGCAGUUGCGUCUGGAGGACAACAACGUGAGCACAGCCUCGGUAUUUUCUGUGGCAAAUGCCUGGUCACCCCUUAGGCUCUCGGGCAGCGGCACUACUGUGGUGUUUGCACGCAACCGUCAGGCGGACGCGAGUAAAUCAUUUGUUGGUGGUGAUUUAUCAUUUACAGUGAUGGUGACUUCACCUGCGCAGUUUUUGGUGGGGUGCAACCUGCAGGGCGAUGGGGAGGCGUCGUACGGCGAUGGUUUUCCGAAGGAGGUGGUACGGUUCAGCUGCGGCACGUGCAAGGAUGAGGCGGCGUGCUACAUGCCCGGGACCGAGUCUGUGGACGGCGGUUCGUGCUCGUGCAGCUGCAAAGACGGACGGCAUGGCGCGUCGUGCCUUCCCUUCGAGGUGCCCGACAUCGUUGUGCCGCUCUUACCGGAGAGAGCUGUCGACGACAACACGAGCUGCGUGGUGGGCCAGACGCUGACGGAGCUCACGCUGGACAUGUGGAAGACGCACCACUGCUACGUGGGUGUGACGUUUAUCGGCAAGGGUGCAGUAGUGAAGUUUUUCUUCCCUCAUAUGCCGCUGCAUCUCCCCAUCAACAUCACCUUCUCUGGGUGCACAUUCCUGGACGGGGCCGCGCUGCUGUUUGUCGGGGGUGGCGAGGCGGCUGAAUCCGCCGGCGUGCUGAUCCGCGUGAGCCAGACGGUGAUGAGGUCCUCCGUCGUAGCCUUUUCAGGUGCACUGCCGCAGCGUUGCGACAUCGCCGUCACGGAGGUUGACGCGGUGCAGCUUUCCUCCGUCAAUUUGGCGGAGAAGGGAUUCAACGACUUUAGCGUGGUUCUGCUGAGGGAGGUCCUGUUGACUGCCUCUUCGCUGUUGGUCAGCAACGUCAAGGCGCGUUCGUCAGGUGAUAACUCGGCUGGUGUAAUGGUGCACGGGUAUCUGUCGCUGGUGAAUGGCAGCUCGCUGUACGUGCGGUAUUGCAGCUUCGAAAAAUACAAGUACAUGGUCCGCACGCAUUCGCUGAAUGUCAGUGAUCACUCGGUUUUCGCGCUGCUUAACAAUACAAUGACAUCCGGGAGUGGCUUCCUGUAUGGGGACUACUUCAGCGAUGUGUCAGACCACAGCGUCCUGCGCAUGGUGGGGAACAGCGGACCUGUGUCCCAUGGCAUUUGUGCGCGCCGCCCGUGGACUGUCCGACAGUCAAGCUGGUUGGAUUGGCGCGGCAACGACGUGAGAGGGGGGAUAAUGUUCAGCCCCUUUAAUUCCGUGGAGCUUGACAGCAGCAGUGCAGUGACGUUGAUGGGCUGCAAGAUGGGCUCCACGGGUCUGGGGCAGGCCCUGCUGAAGGGCGUCGAAGCCGGCUACAAGUUCGUCGCUGGGUGCCUGACGGUUGCGGGAAAGGUGUUGACGGCGGCUGAGAUGGAGCGCAAUGGCAUCAACAACGUGACGAAUGUUGCGGCGUGCGGGGAGUGCACGAGGGACGGCGACUGCUUCGAUGCGCUGACGACGGCGUUCAGCGACUGCAAGUGUGAGUGCGCCGGUGGAGGGCACGGCGAUGUGUGCGCCCCGGUGGCGGCACCCGUUGGCCCCCCUCCGCCGUCACUGCCGUCACCGCCGGCGUUUGGUGAGUGCCUCAGCGACAUGGAGUACCCCGAGGUGGCGCAGGCUGUGGGCGGCGGGCUGUCGUGGCUGUGCUACCGCAACGUGACGUUCAGCGGGGCGUUAUGCGAC